AUGCAAACGGUUGAAGGGAUACCCGUUCCCUCGAGCAGUGACCCAGGAGAAAAAUUACCUGAAGUCCCAUUGCCUCCCAAUAAGAAACCGCGCAAAGCAAAGGAUAAGACAGGAGCUCCGCCCUCACGUUUCUCUCUCCGGGUUACCGCCGGCUGGUGGAGGUCUUUACAAUGCAUUGGAAUGAGUUUACACUUCCUCGCUUCUCCGCGACCACCAAAUCCAGACUUCAUCAAGUCUAUUACUUCUACCAUAUCAACCACGAAAGGCCAAUUUAAUCUCCAAUUUUAUGUACCCGAAGGUUACAACAAGGAUCCAAAGAGCGAAAAAUGGCCAGUCGUUGUAAAUUUUCAUGGAGGAGGGUUCACGUUGGGUAGCGCAUCAGACGAUGCAAGAUUCGCUCGCUUCGUACUCGAGAAAUGUCACGCGGUUUUCGUCUCAGUAGAUUACCGAUUGGCACCAGAAUUCCCAUUCCCUACCGCCGUUGAUGACGGAGCAGACGCAUUAUUAUAUAUCAUCAAUAAUGCAACGAGACUUCGGCUUGAUAGCAAUAGGAUAGCAACAUCGGGGUUUUCAGCAGGCGGUAACAUCGCCCUCACGGCACCGAUCCGUUUGUUCGAACAUCGAAAAACUGUGGAACUUCCCGAGUAUCGUAUUCUCGCUGUCGCAACCUGGUAUCCAAUUACCGACUACACACUGACUCGUGCCGAACGCCGGGCAUCUGCACUCCGUCCCGAAGCCACUCUCCCGCCGACCUUGACAAAUCUAUUCGACGCGUCAUAUCUAUUUCCUCCCGAAUUAGACCUUGCUGAUCCAUGUCUAUCACCCUCGAAAGCGUCGGACGAGAUGCUGAUCGAAGGCCUGCCUCAUAACGUAAUAUUUUAUACGUGCGAAUGGGACAUGCUUUUACACGAAGGUGAAGAGCUUGCUCAGCGACUACAGAAGCCGCCUAUCUCGAAAAACGUCUUUUACACUAUGAUACCUGGCGUAGCACAUGGAUGGGAUAAAGGACCAAACCCAAUGAAGCCUCCAGAGAAAUCGGAGAAGCUAUAUGGUGAAUGCUGUCGCAAGCUUAAGAACAUAUUUGAAGAAGAUCAGGCGCAUUCGAUCCUUGGUCUUCCCUUAAAACUACCCCCUUUACUACAACCUAAACCCAAGGAUGGGAGUAGCACAAAGUAA